UUUUGCAACACCUGUUCAACUCCGGCGGUUUAAAGUCCCAUAUCAUUGCUGCGAAAACACCAAUUCCCACCGUGCACCGCGCGCGUGCACACGUCCUUCUCGGCGGCCAUGGCAACCGAAGGCACGCCGGGAACUGGAGUCUCACCUCCGCGUCCAUUUUCCACAGGUUUCGCGAGAUUUACACAGGCGGGUUGGUGGUGUGUGGCAACAUUUCUCAGCCAGACGAACUGAACAGUACUGAUAUGCAUUCUGCGUAAAGCCAUUGAAUUUCUGGAGGCAUGUCCAAGAAAAGGGGCAGAAAGCGGAGUAGCGGGGAGCUGAGUGACAUGUUGACCCCGGAGCCCAACAGCAUUCUGGGAGUCCGCAUUCAGCAUAACUGGCGUGAGAAAGGGAACCAGAGCAAAUGGAAGGGAACAGUACUCGACAGGCUUAGUGUGAACCCUUCUCUUUUCAUGGUGAAGUAUGACGGCUUUGACUGCGUCUACGGCAUCGAGCUGUUCAAGGACGAGAGGGUGUCGAACCUGCAGGUGCUGUCGGAAAAAGUUGUAAACAAUAAGAUCAAGAUACCUCCAGGGGCAGAGGAGCUGGUGGGCAAAGCUGUAGAGCACCUAUUUGAAAAGGAAGAUGGAGAGAAGAAUGAGUGGAGAGGCAUGGUCCUCUCCAGAGCUCCAAUCAUGACCAACUGGUACUAUAUCACUUAUGAAAAGGACCCCGUUCUUUAUAUGUAUCAGCUGUGGGACGACUACGCUGACGGAGACCUCAGGAUUCUGCCUGAAGCAGAAAACAAGCACCUGUUGCCUGCAGACAGGAAGCCCGGAGAGGAGACGGAGAGUCUGGUGGGGAAACAAGUGGAGUAUGUUACUGACAAGGGUGUGAAGAGAACUGGCCUGGUCAUCUACCAGGUCCCAGCCAAGCCCUCUGUCUACUAUAUAAAAUAUGAUGAUGACUUUCAUAUCCAUGUCUAUGACCUGGUCAAAACCACCUAGAGAGAUAUUGGACACUUUAUCUCACUGUCCAGCCUCCGUCCAUCUGCUUCUGUUCCACUCAUUGUUAUAAUCUUGUUAUACAAAGCCAUGGCAGGGUUGAAUAGUUAAUAUGCUUUAAUGUUCGGAAUAAAGUGCAAUCUGUGUUUCAUACGCACAGCAGAACUGUAGCACCGCUAUGCUUGGCUAUUUCCAGGAGAGGGAGUCACCUUGUUUUAUCAUUGCUGCUCUACUUUACACUUUAAGUUUGGACAGUCCAAGAUUGUGCUGGCCAACAGCUGCAGAGUGCAGCUGUUACUGCGUUUGCAUUGUUGUCCCUGAGAGACUCACUGAUUUGUCCUUAAAGUAAUUAUCUUAAUUAAAAGCCAGUGUGUUCUAAAAGAAGCUGCUCAAAAUUUCCUUUUGGAGCCAUUUUUUUUUUUGGUGGGGGGGGUGGGGGGGUCUCUAAAUAGCUAAUAAGCAGGAUAUACACAUUGUUUGGAAGAUGUUUUCCACAGAGGCAUUUGCUGAAUUAAAUGGGCAGAUAGAGUCAUGUAUUAUAUUUAAUUAAUGUGAGCACUGGAAGAGAUGAAUUGAAGCAGCAUUGUCAAAUCUACCAAAUGGGCCCUUUUAUUUUCAAGAGCCUUUUAGAUGUAUUAUUCUCAUAUGGAAAUAUGCGCCUGCACUUUUGCACCUGUUUAGCACUGCAUCAGAUCAGAUCCUUUGUGCUAGUGAUGAAGAUGCAGUUAGCUAAAUUCUCAUCCCAAUUUGAUCCCACACAAGUCAUAAAGUGCCUUCCGGCUUGUCAUUCUGCAAUAUUGUACAUACUCUGUCUCCGACUAGCUACAAUCUUAAUGAAUUAUUGGGUAUGAAGGCUGCUCUUUGGUUUUGGUUCAAAAGUGGUAACGCAGACAACUCGAAAGUUUCGCAAACCAUCAGUUUAUAGUAGUGCAGUGUUUUGCUCUUAAUGCGGUAUGAAAAUGUUCUUUAAGUAUAACACACACCAUCCUCUGUUGUAUAAAUCUCACUGUUGAUAUUGUGGGGAGCACUUUAUUGUAUAAAGUUUACAUGUUAUGGUACGUUUCAUAGUUUCCCCAAUUUGCUUUUUUCCUGAAGAGCAAACGUGGCAAAAUAAAUGCUUUGUAUCACACGCAUGACAAAAAAAGAAAAAAAAAAGAAAAAAUACUUGCUGCAAUACAGAUGACAGUGUAAAAUGCCUUGUAAUGUUGCCUGUCGCUCAUUUAUAGAAGUAUCUCAUCAAAACGCCACCAGCUUUUGGUGAAAGGGUCAUUAAUAUAUUAUAAACUGAAUAUUAAACAGGUAUAAUCAACUGACAAACCAGUUUGUUGACAUUAACUAAUUAACUCUGGUUCUAGUCUUUAUAACUCCGUCUGACAUGUAUGCUUGCACUAUGGUAUCGGUAUUUUCAUCCCAACUUAGUCACCAUGUACCGGUAGCUGAACAGGUCUUCUUCAAGUCAUUCAGCGUAUCCCUUAUAAACUACUCAAUCAGUAAAGAUAUGCUAUUACUAUUAUUUUUAGCUGUAAAAACUCUGCAUGCAUCAUCUGACAAUGUCUGGAGAUUUUCAAGCCUUAUUUUGACAGUAGAGAAGUGACAGUGUGUGGCAGAAUCAGUACCAUUUGUUUAACCAACAUGAAAAAAUAAAAUAAGGAAAAAAAAAAGUUCAAUACUGUACAUCACCGCUUGGGGUGCUGUGGAGUGUGUUUCUAUGUUGUGUACAGUGGAAUUACAAAUGGCUGCGUGCGCACUUCUUCAUGUUUUCAGUCACCUCUUCCUGUUCUGAAGUUGUAGCAGCAUCAACAGGCCAAUGGUAUUCUGUCAUAAGUAUUAAAGAUUUUUGCACAUU